AUGGAUUAAAAUAUAUUUGAUUCCUUUGGAGGGGAUGGUUAAAUUUCAGAUCUUAUUGAUUAGUUUUAUUAUAAGGUCUUGUUUGAUCAAACUUUAAGAGGAAAAUUUUUAAAAGCUGAUAUGACAAGAGUGAGACUUUAAUAAAAAACAUUUUUUGCUUAAAUGUUUGGCUGUCCUCACACCAAAUACACUGGAAAGUAAUUUUGAAUAUCAACUAAAAGAGAUUUAAUUGAAGUUCAUAAGAAUUUGAAUAUCACUAAUUAAUAAUUUGACAGAUUCUUACAUCAUCUAAAAUGCAUAUUAAGUGAUAUGAACAAACCAGCAGAAUUGAUAGAUCAAAUUAUAAAGAAAGUUGAUAGUCAUAGAAAACUGAUAGUGUUUGAAUGA